GCCUCACCAUGAGCGGCCACAACAGCUCAGAGCUCCAGGUCCUCUGCAGCUCCGGCCAGCUGUUCCUACAGCCCCUCUGGGACGGCCUGCGGACCUGGGAGUCCCUCCUCCAGUCGCCCUUUUUCCCUGUCAUCUUCUCGAUCACCACCUACGUGGGCUUCUGCCUGCCCUUCGUCGUGCUGGACAUCUUGUGCCCCUGGGUCCCUGAGCUGCGGUGCCACAAGAUCCAUCCCAACUUCUCGCCGUCCGCGCGGCAGCUGCUGCCCUGCUUGGGACAGACGCUGUACCAGCACGCGGUGUUCGUGUUCCCCGUGACACUGCUGUAUUGGGCUCGCAGCCCUGUCCUUCUGCACCGCGAAGCCCCCGAGCUGUUCCAGCUCGUGAGUCACGUCGUGCUCUGCCUGCUGCUCUUCGACACUGAGGUUUUCGUGUGGCACGUUCUGCAUCAUAAGGUGCCCUGGUUGUACCGCACCUUCCACAAGGUGCACCACCAGAACUCGUCCACGUUCGCGCUGGCCACGCAGUACAUGAGCGUCUGGGAACUGUUUUCCUUGGGCUUCUUUGACAUGCUGAACAUCACGCUGCUCGGGUGCCACCCGCUCACUGUCCUGAUCUUUCACGUGGUCAACAUCUGGCUCUCCGUGGAGGACCACUCGGGCUAUGACUUCCCUUGGUCCACUCACAGAUGGGUGCCUUUCGGGUGGUACGGGGGUGUGGCGCACCACGACCUGCAUCACUCUCAGUUUAACUGCAACUUUGCCCCUUACUUCACACACUGGGACAAAAUACUGGGAACCCUGAAGCCUGCACCCCUCCCAGCGUGCUGAUGUGACUGCGGUGGGUGUCCCUUUGACCAGGGUCUGCUGUGCAGUUCACACUUGAAUCAGAAGAAACGCACCAGAGUUAUUUUUUUUAAAGCAAGUAACUU